AAUUUGGUGAAUGUCUUACGUGACAAUAGAUGGAGUAACCGACUGCAUGAGUCAUUCAGCUUGACGUUUCGAGCGAACGAAAGUAACGAUCGUAAAACAGAAGAAGAGAAAAGAAAAAAGAGAUUGCAUUUUGCAUUAUUAAAUUUUUUUUUUAACAAAAUGAAUAGAUUAUUUGGUCGACCUAAGCCUAAAGAACCAUCACCAAGUAUUACUGAUUGUAUCGCCGGGGUCGACAGUAGAGCGGAUUCUGCAGAGAAAAAAAUAGCGAAAUUGGACGCGGAAUUAAAAAAGUACAAAGAUCAAAUGGCUAAAAUGAGAGAAGGUCCUGCAAAAAAUUCUGUAAAAGCUAAAGCAUUGCGCAUUUUGAAACAACGUAAAAUGUACGAAGCACAAGUAGAUAAUUUGCGUCAACAAGCUUUUAACAUGGAACAAGCAAAUUAUGCUACUCAAACGUUAAAAGAUACUCAAACAACUGUAAUUGCUAUGAAAGAAGGAGUUAAACAAAUGCAGAAAGAAUUUAAACACAUCAACAUAGAUCAAAUCGAGGAUCUUCAAGAUGAUUUAGCAGACAUGUUAGAACAAGCCGACGAAGUACAAGAAGCAAUGGGUCGCAGUUAUGGUAUGCCAGAUAUAGAUGAGGAUGAAUUAGCUGCUGAAUUAGAAGCUCUUGGAGAUGAUUUAGCUAUCGACGAAGAUACCAGUUACUUGGAUGAUGCUAUCAAGGCACCUAGUGCUCCUGACAAAGAACCUGGUACAAGCUCUGUUAGAAAUAAGGAUGGAGUUUUAGUCGAUGAAUUUGGUUUGCCACAAAUACCAGCUAGUUAAAACGCUAUUUUAUAUCUUUAAAUUAUAUCUUUGCAAAUUGAUGUUUAUGUAUAUCGAUAUAUUCAAAAAUAAUUGAGAUUUUUGAAUUUUUUUUGUAUAUGCCAUUAUGUACAGAAUGUAUAUAUUAACUAUUUUGAAUUUUCAAACAUCUUGAUACAAAUUCGCGCAAAUAAUAAAUUUUCGAUGAAUGAAAUGUUGUUACGAAUAUAUUAUGCUAAUCUAUUUUUGUUGCAUUCUCUUUGUGUUAUAUAAUGUAUAGGUCAAAUUAAUAAAUGAAAAAAAAAAAAAAUUAAUAAAAUUAUCUAAUGUAAAAA